GGUGAUGGAUGUGCUUGCUUUCCCUUCAAUACGAAUGGAGAAGGUUGUUGCUUGUCUAUACAGAAGGCCUAACGCGCUUUAUAGGCUGAUUUGCUUCCCCUGGGCUGGAAGUGGCGCUACCCAUUUUGCAAAAUGGGGCAAACUCUUUGACAACUCAAUAGAAGUGUAUUCUGUAAGUCUUCCUGGAAGAGACUCUCGUGUUAAUGAACCUUUUGCAAAAGACAUGAAAACUAUCGUUAAUGACAUUACUAGUGUUUUGCUUCAAGACUUGCAAGAGAAACCUUUUGCAUUUUUUGGUCACAGUUUUGGAUCAUAUGUUAGUUUUGCAGUUGCAGUACACUUGAAAAAAAAAUAUGGACUACAACCAGAGCAUCUUUUUAUAUCAAGCGCAGGUGCCCCACAUACAACAUGUUGUUAUCCUCUCCACACGGUAAAAGACCAGGACGAAGAAGAAAUUAUCAAAGGGAUACAGUCUCUUGGAGGUACUCCUCCUGACUUUCUACAGAACAAAAAUGUUAUGAAACACUUCAUUCCUGCAUUAAGAGCAGAUCUUGCAGUUGUUCAGGCCUUUCUCUCUGAGGAACUGGUAAUGGAUGGUCUCUCUUGUGACCUUACAUGCUUUGGUGGGUCUGAAGAUUUGCCAUAUGAUUUAGAAGCAUGGAAGGAUGUAACAAGUGGAGAUACCAGUAUUCACAAGCUUCCUGGAGGACACUUUUAUCUGCUGGACCCUGCUAAUGAAAUUUUCAUGGCAGACUAUAUGACAAAAUGUAUAGAAACUGUUGAUCUCUGAGUAUAUGUCUUUUAUUUUGCUGGGAGAGGGGUCAAAGAUUAGUCCUAAGCAGUAAAUAAUACAAAACAUUUUCUAUACAACUUUACAACUACCACAGAGGCAAGGUAAGCAACUUUCUGUAGUAACAGGGCUAACAGUUGAUGUAUUAAUACAGGUGCAUCCUACAGCCAAAGGUUUCUCCAGGAUAUAAUUUAUGAUGAUACUUAGGAAAAUUCUGAUUCUUAAAAAUAAACAGCCAGUACAUUAAUUUGCUUACCUGUGGUGGUUAGAGUUUGGGGCUGGUGGGAGGAUGGUAGGCUAAAAGCAUUGCAAAGGUAGUAUGUCGGGCUUCAGUGGCUUCCCUCUGCCUUUACCAUAGCUUAAUCUGGCCCAAUAAAGCAUCUAAGCAAGAAUAAGCUCUAUGGGGGUGGGAGGGACCCAAAGUUAUUUCCAUUUAAAAUGUAGUUUUUCUACACCCGCAUUUCUAUGACUGUAAUAGGGCUGGUCUACACUGGGGGUGGGGGGGGAAGGAGAGAAAUCGAUCUAAGAUACGCAACUUCAGCUACGAAAAUAGCAUAGCUGAAGUCGACAUAUCUUAGAUCGAAUUAAAAUUACUUACUUCAUGUCCUCGCGGUGCAGCUCCGUUGACUCUGCUUUUGCCUC